AUGCCUAAAUGGAAAUGGUUUACGGAUUAUGGAUCAUCGGGUAAUCGAGUUUGGAUUGCCUGGGACGAUAAUUUUGUUGAUGUAGAUGUGGUUGAAUGUGGUACUCAAUUUAUCCACUGCCAUGUUACUAUUCGUGCACCUCAUGCGUUGAUUGCUGUCACUGUUGUUUAUGGAGCUAAUGAAGUGGCUGAUAGAAGGGCGCUUUGGGGAACCCUGGAGACUAAGGCUACCCAAUGUGUCGACAUCCCAUGGUUGGUUGGAGGGGAUUUUAAUGCAGUGCGAGAUCUAAGUGAAGUGUGUGGCACUUCCGGAGAUAUUCAGAUAGCUAUGGACGAUUUUAAUGCUUGUAUUGAGAAUGCAGGAUUACUCCCACUACCCAUGCAGGGUGAAUGGUUCACGUGGCAUAACCACAGCGCGACACCACGGAACCUGUGGAAAAGACUGGACCGUAUGAUGAUAAAUGAUAGAUGGAUGGCUCGGUUCCCGAGUGCAAGUUAUUCUACCCUCACCCCACGCACCUCAGACCACUCACCGAUGGUGCUUAAUGGGGAUAGACAACAGCGAUUUGGAGGUAUGUUCCGAUUCGAUAAUUACCUCGCCCAUUCACCUAAGUUUAUUGCCAGUGUGCAGACUAUAUGGCAGCACAACAUUAUUGGAACACCUAUGUAUUCUGUAACAUGGAAGCUCAAAGCACUGAAAUCGGUCUUUCGAGAACAAAGGAGGAAUAAGGGAGGACCUAUCUCACAAUGUGCAACUGGCUAA